AUGGCUACCCAGCAGUCCGGUCGCAGUUCCUCCGCUUCGUCUCGAUCUCAGUCCAAAAAUCAGCCCGAUAAGCAAAUAUCCCAAAUCGAAAAGAGCGUGACGCAUCUCUUGGUUGCGACAAAACAACUCCUCGAAACUUUAACACAAUGGUCCCGGAAGCAAGCGUCGGAGAACGAUGUCUCGGAUGUAUACGUUCGACUGGGCUAUGAAUUUAACUUGGCUUGUCGGGCCUUCAGUGCCAUCGGAGUCGACACCUCAGACCUCGGGCCUGUACCAGAUCUGCUCCGCACCAUACUUGAAGACACUCUUAGCCAGGAUGCAUCCUCCCAGAGCCUCGAUAGAUACCUCCCUCGAAUUCGAGAUAUAAUCAUCAACUUGUUAAAAGGGUUGAAAAAGAAGCAAGCCCGUUUAAGGUCCCGGCACCAGCGCGAGGAUGGCCGACCCGCACCAGCGCGGCAAGCCAGUGCCGGAAGCAUCGCUAAUGGGCAGGCAAUCGGUCAGCUGUAUGAUGAAGCUGCGGCAUCUACCUUGCCGGCGACAGCCCAGUCCCCCAGAAGAUCGAACCGACGGUAUGGCAGUGGUGGGUCUCUCGAGGAUCAACCGACCAUUGCUCGAACCUCCUCGGCACCUUCGACAACCGAACCACGCACAACAAAUUACGCUGAAAGAGAAAUGUCGCGGCGAGAGGCUCAGCAAAUGCUGUCUCAACCCACUCCCUUCGAUAAUGAGACAACCCCUCGAGCCAGCGCAUCCAAUCCCACUGCGCCUCCAACAUACAUGACACCCACCGGGUUCGCUGCGCCUCCGCCUCCACCUCCGCCAAAGGAGGAUGAUGCAUUGGGGGCUUUGCAGAGAAGUGGAGAGCUUGAACGACGCGCCUCGCGACGAUUCUCUGCUUAUCAAAUUCAGAAACAUUUGGGUACAUCAACCAACGGCGUUCCCGUCUUGCCUACUCAGAACUCUCCCAUCCCCAACCGAGGUCGUGAUGUCCGCGAAUCCUUGAACGCAGUUCGUCUGCGAGGCUCAUUUAAUCACACCAGGCAGCGAUCCAACAACCGCUUACAGGAAGCCGCCAAGGGUGCGCAAGCUCCCCCACCCGCACAUAUCCCGAAUGUUGUGGAAGAAGAACGCAUCCCUUCAUCCUCUGCACCCUCUUUUGAGCCCCAACAGAUCGACGCCUCAUCAUCCGAAGCCCCCGGCGAAGCGCAUACCCCCAACAAGAAAGACGAUACCGUGGAGUCCGCCAUCGUUCCUCCUCCGAUUAUUCCCUUACCCCAAGAGAAACCAACCCUUGAAGGCGCUUUUGAGCCCACAAAGCCAGCACCCCAAACUCCGAGGGCAGACUCGUUUGGACCGUCUGCCGAGAUCGCAACACCUUCAUCGGCUAUUCAAUUUGCCUCUGAGCAACCGUCACCGGGAAAAGAACUUACGCUGUUCCUUCAAUACAAAAGCAAGAUCAAGAAGUAUGUGCUUCCAGAUGGCAUUGCAGAACUCACUAUUGGGCGCUUGCAGCUUGCUUUCAUUGAGAAAUUUGCCUGGAAUACCCACGAUAACGGCGUUGAUUUGCCCGAAAUUUAUAUACAAGACCCAAUUUCAGGCAUCCGACAUGAAUUAGAAGACCUUGCCGAUGUCAAAGACCGAUCUGUGUUGGUGCUGAACGUCGACAAUCUUGAUGAGGUCAAGAAACAUUUCGAUGACAGUCUCGGCAGCGUGCGCCUCUUGGUCGAAGGCGUCAAAGAAACCCUUUCUGGCCAAGGAAAUAUCAUCCAGCGGGUUUCGGAUCGCCAGCUUGAAGCUGCCAAAGAAAUUGCUCGCUUGGCUGCUGCUCCUCCAGCCACCUCAGGUCCAGCUGGGAACUCCAAGUCAUCAAUUGCCGGCAGCGGAAGUCAGAUUGCCGAGCUGCAGACCUUGCGUCGUGACUUAGCUGUCCUGCGACAGACUUACUCCAACUUUACUGCCGACAUUACUGGUUCUAUGAGCGCAGUCCGUGCCAAGGCAAGCAAGGUCAAGACCGCCGCUGAUGAUGUUGCCACUCCCUCUUAUGAAGGUGAUGCUGGCCGUGCUCGCGUCAACACUGGCAAGAAGGAACUUGCAAAUGAAUCAGAGCGGUUGGUCGCCCGCGUCGAUGAUCUCCAAGAUUUGGUUGAGGAUCUCCGGAAGGAUGUCGUGACCCGCGGCGUCCGUCCCCUCCCAAGACAAUUGGAGGGUGUCAGUCGCGACAUCAGCAUGGUCAUGAAAGAAAUCAAGAAAAUGCAGGACUUCCUAGGUCGCGAGAAGCCCAUAUGGACCAAGAUCUGGGAGAAGGAGCUACAGCUAGUUUGCGAAGAACGAGACCAGCUUACCAUGCAGGAGGAUCUCGCUGCCGACUUGCAAGACGAUCUCGAGAAGGCGACUCAGACCUUCGCUCUGGUGGAGCAAGCUACGAAGGAGCAGGUCAUGACGACUCCAACUAGUGGCACCGCUGUUCGCGCCCCAUCUAGGACUCUUGAAAUCGACCCAACUGUUGAUCCCAUGAAGGCCAAGGAUGGUGUCCUGGGCGAAGUCCGUGCCUUGCGACCCAAUCACGAAAGCCGACUCGAGGCGAUUGAGCGAGCAGAGAAAGCACGAAAGGUAGAGCUCGAGACUCGGCGAAUCGGUCUUUUCCAGAAGGAACUAGGUGCAUUUGUCGAGGAAGGUAGAUUGAAGAAGAGCGGUGGUUUCGAAGAGACUGAGCGUCUCCGCACUGCGAAGGACGAGCGCAUUCGUAAAGAAGUCUGGGAAAGACAACAGGCCCGCAAUGCCGAGAUGGAGAAGGCAGAGGCGGAAGCUGCUGCUGCGCAGGCAGCGGAGCAGAAGAGUGAGGGUGGGGGUGAUGACCAGCAAGAAAGCGAGAAAGAAGAUGAGACAGAAGCGGGCCCGGAGAGUGGCGAUCAGGCAGAGAAGGCAGAAGAGCCCAAGUCGCCAUCCUCUGACACGGUGAAUCCACUCCCCAAAGCACCAGAAGACGAAGACAAGGCCCAGUCCGAACAACCCUCUACUUGA